UAUCAACAUUGUGUUGUGUCAUAAACGUGAAAGAAAUGAAGUAAAGUAUACGUGUGCAUGAUAAAUAAAAAAAAUUUCCCUUACAAGUAUCUUUUUAUACAUUAAGUAGUCAAUUUCUGCAAGAGCCACCAUGGCCGAGUUGCUCCUAGAUCCAAACAUCCGGAGUUGGGUGUUUUUGCCCAUUGUUGUCAUAACCUUUCUAGUCGGAAUUAUCAGGCACUAUGUUUCGAUUUUAUUAUCGUCCCAGAAGAAGGUUGAGUUGCACCAGGUGCAAGACAGCCAGGUGAUGAUUCGUUCGAGACUGUUGCGUGAAAAUGGUCAGUACAUACCCAAAAAUGCAUUCCUCGCUAGGCGACAUUUCUUUAAUAACGAAGAGACUGGAUACUUCAAAACCCAGAGACGGGCACCUGUUUCACAGAAUCCAAUGACAGAUCCCAGUAUUGUCACAGAGAUGGUCAAAGGGAACGCUACCAAUGUUUUGCCUAUGGUUCUCAUUGGAACUUGGAUCAAUUGGAUGUUUUCUGGUUUUGUUACAACCAAAGUGCCAUUUCCUCUGACCUUAAGGUUCAAGCCAAUGUUACAAAGAGGAAUAGAGCUGGUAACCCUUGAUGCAGCCUGGGUGUCAUCAGCCUCCUGGUACUUUUUAAAUUUCUUUGGUCUAAGGUCGAUUUACACGUUGGUUCUUGGAGAAAACAAUGCUGCAGACUCCUCAAGGAUGAUGCAGGAUCAGGUGUCUGGAGCAGCUAUUGCAAUGCCCCCUGAUCCCAAAGCAGCUUUCAAGGCUGAGUGGGAGGCACUGGAAAUAUGCGAGCACAACUGGGCCCUGAACGGAGUCGAUACCGACUUGCUCGCAACAGAGAACAUCAACUCUCUGUUGGCUCUGGUCAUGAAGUCUGGUAAAUUUGUGUUGGGCUACAAGCAGACCCUCAAAUCCCUACGCCAGGGCAAAGCGAAGCUUGUCAUCAUAUCGGAAAAUACCCCUUCUCUUAGGAAAUCCGAGAUUGAGUACUAUGCUAUGUUAGCCAAGACUGGAGUCCAUCUCUACAAAGGAAACAACGUUGAACUCGGUACAGCCUGCGGUAAAUACUUCAGGGUAGGAACCUUAUCGAUAACGGAUCCUGGUAACUCUGAUAUCAUCAAGUUCAUACCUUCUGGGGAUCAGGCUUGAGUAAAAAAAAUUCUAACUUUAAUGAUUUAUUUUUAAGAUCUCUAAAUUAAUCAAAGAAUUUUUUUUAU